AUGCUAGAUAUUCAACUACGACCCUUCAAGGACCAGAUCUUCGAUCCUUGGUGUCGAUACAUCCCUGCGUCGAUAACGCCCUUGUAUAUUACCGUUCUCGCAUUCGCUUGCGGCUUACUGUCAUGCUUGUUCACCACUCAGCAGCAAAUCAUUCUGUCCCUGUCCUUUUGGAUACUGAAUCGAGCACUCGACUGUGUUGAUGGCGCACUGGCUCGACAUCGGAAAGCAGCUUCUGACUUGGGUGGUUUUCUGGACCUCCUGGGUGACUUCAUCGUCUACUCUCUAGUGCCAAUUGCCGUUGCUGAGGGCUGGGAUACCUCGAGACAUACUCUCAGGGCAGUAACAUUGCUGGAAGCAUCGUUCCAUAUCAACAAUUUCAUCCUGUUCUACGUCGCUGCUGUCUCGGAGAAAGGUGCGAAGGAUACGAGGAAUUCCAAAUCGAGGGAGCUUACAAGCGUCAUGAUGAAGCCGGCACUUAUUGAAGGCACCGAAAGCGGCGUCUUAUUCACCCUAAUGCUCGCUUUGCCGGGCCACAUUGGAAUGUUGAGCUAUGUGAUGGCUGCAUUGGUCACUGUAGGGAUCUUGCAAAGGACGUUCGAGAUCGUGCGAACGUUAGGCUAA